GCGCUCCGCAGGAAAAGCCGCACUCGUCGCUGCAGAACACACGCGCAAGGAGCGAAAUCUCCGCUGUUUCUGGCACAAGAUUUACGGCGACGCUCCCGCUUGGAUUACUGACCCGAUCCAACCGAAACUCGCCUCAGAUAAGUAGGAAACAUCUACAACCUGUUCCUUUACAUCGAUUUCUCAUCAGCACCAAAGCUGGAAAGUGUAGUUAUUUUUUUAGACUCUGGUACUUUUAAAAACAUCCCGGAUUGUUGUUGGGUUUUCAAGUGGUGUCACGUUGUGCCUCCAAACUCUUUAUGAAUGCGUGAUGUGGAAUUAAACUCGGCAUUAUUCUUGGAUGCAGACGCCCAGAGACUCACACUUUGGGAACUAAUCCGAAGCCAAACCACUGGGAUGUAGUUUUGUUGGAGCGCAGAAGGAGCAUCUGGACCCCGAUCAUGAACUUUGUCCGCUACUUCCGCUCACUUUCCGCGCUUUAAAGACGCACCAAGCCAUGGGUUGAAAGAGACGAUGCUAGACUGCGGGGAUAGUCAACGUGGGAGGGUGCAGAAUUCUCCGUGUUAUGUAAUGACAGACAGCGGCUGAUAAUUAGUGCUAGAGCGUAACUCGCAUCCACCCCCCCUCCCCCUUUACCCCCACCCCACCUUUCCCCGGCAUGUCGAGGAGGCUCGAGAGUGAUUGGUGCGUUUGAGAUGUUCUCUAAUUAACUAAACGCCAAUAGCACAGCUUCUAGAGGAAACGAAUAGGACGAGUCACAGCUGAGUAGAUAAAUUAAUACAUACACCAUCCCAGGAAGCCUCGAGGGCAACGUGCACUUUUUACCCAGACCUUUAAAGGGCGCCCUUUACGAAACACGUCCUCAUCCAGUCAACAAUGACCAACUUCCUCAACUGCCACUGACGUACAGGAUAACUGUGACUCAAGGAAAUAUGAGCGUCUUUUGUGUCUUGAGCUUCUUUUUAACCUUUUCUCAGUACUGUGAUGUUUUUAAUGACUACUAAGAUGCUAUAAUGCUCAUUUCCACCCUCAGACUUGGGGAUAUGUAGUCGCUCUGUAUUCCCCACUGGUUAGGUUUUGUGAGUUCUUGGUUCUAAACACCUGAAUACUUCAUCUUUAUUCAAGCCUUUGUUGAUCCCUCCCUCCCCCCCACUCAUCAGGGCUGGUGGGGGGGGUGGAUCUCGACCCCACGGGGUCACUGUGGCGGUGGCUGGUUGCGGUCGCAGCCUUAGAGGCAGACGUCUCGCCAUGGAGACCAGCCCGGAGAGCCCCAACCGGGCAGUGGAGUACCUCCUGGAGCUCAACAACAUCAUCGAGAGCCAGGCCAAACUCCUGGAGACCCAGCGCCGGCGCAUCGAGGAGCUGGAGGGCCAGCUGGACCGGGUAAGCCAAGAGAACCAGGACCUGAGGCAGGAACGUAGCCCACCGACACCUGGUUCCGACACCCCGGAGCAGAACCACAACCACAGCCAGCCUCUGUCCCUUCCGCUCCAACAUGGCGGCGGUGGCGGCGGCAGCGGGAACAGUAGCACCUCCACAACUCAGGCAACAUCUGGAUCAGGCACAACUCCAGGACCAAGCAGGGAGAGGAGGACCCACACCCGGCUGACCCGAGGCCUCUCCUGUGGCUCCAACACCACCGAGCGGGACCGGCUCGAACGCACAGACAGCACAGACACUAACACCAGUGCCACCUUGCGCAGGAAUGUGGAAGGGGACUCCCAGUGUCCAGAGACGGGCACCCACAAGGACAGCUCUUUCAGCCAGACCUCCUUCCUGCGCGGCUCCGAGCGCUACGUUGACAGCGGCGGCGGCGGCGGCGGCACGCCAUCCGGGAGCCGGGGCGCUUCGUGCGUGUCGGCCUCCAGCUCCGCCAGCUUGGCCUGGGCGCUGCGGACGCGCCACCAGCCCGCAAGUCUGGCCCUUCGAAAGCAGGAGGAGGAGGAGAACAAGAGAUGCAAGGCGCUGUCGGACAGCUAUGAACUAUCGACAGAUCUCCAGGAUAAGAAGGUUGAGAUGCUGGAGAGGAAGUACGGUGGCUCCUUUGUAAGUCGCAGAGCAGCUCGAACCAUUCAGACUGCCUUCAGACAGUAUCGCAUGAACAAGAACUUUGAGCGCCUCAGGAGCUCGGCUUCGGAGAGCCGCAUGACGCGGCGCAUCAUCCUGUCCAACAUGAGACUGCAGUACUCCUUUGACGAGCGUCAGCCUCAGCAGCAGGCCCAAACACAGACCAACUUCACCCACAGCGUGGCCAUCGGGCCUCCCCACUCCCCCGACCCCGACCGCCCAGGGGACUACACCCACUUAGAGGACUCCUUCUCCAAGCAGGUCAAAUCCUUAGCCGACUCCAUUGACGAUGCCCUUACCUGCCGCGCAGGACGCGAUGACUCCCAGGAGGGCAGCAGGGAGGGCGGGGGCAUCAGCGAAGACUUUGGCGAGUGCGUGUGGAGCAGCAGCAGCAACCCCUCCUCCCAGAGAGGUUUGGGAGAGAGAGCCAGGGGAGCGGGAGGCGGACUCAGCAUGCACGGGGACAGCACGGCCACCUCCUACAGCGACGUCACCCUCUACAUGGACGACGGAAUGCCGUCGUCCCCGCUGUCCCUGGACCGGGCGCCCAGCAGCACAGAUACAGAGUACUGGGGCCCCGGUGGGGGCGUCGGAGGCCGUGAGGACAGCAGGGACACCGAGGGCGGCGGCAGCAGCAACAGUCGGCGCAGCACGCCGUGCACCGAGUGCAGGGACUAUCGCCUCAGGGGCGCACACCUGCCCCUUCUCACCAUUGAGCCGCCGAGCGACAGCUCGGUGGACAUGAGCGACCGGUCCGACAGGGGAUCCCUGAGCAGGCAGCUGGUGUUUGAGCAGGAGCCUGGGGUUGGAGCUGGCUCCCCUCAGGGAACCCUCAAACACGCCCCCAGCGCAGGCCCCCGCUCAUCCUCCACAGUGGCUGCUCAGGGUCAGACCCGGGCGCCCGGCAGACCCAUACCCACGCACAUUCCCCACCAGGUGGCCCCUCACCACCACCACCACCAUCACCCCAUCCACCACCACCAGUACCCUGACACUCCUUCGUCGUCCUCCUCCCCCCAGCAGCCCCCCACGACCCCUCUGUCGUCCUCAUCCUCCACAGCUCUGCCGCCCGGGGGUCUGGAGCAGCCGUGCUGCUCCGACGGAGACAAUGACUCACUCAACUCCACUACCAACUCCAACGAGACGGUCAACUGCAGCUCAGGCUCCUCAUCUCAGGACAGCCUUCGGGAGCCCCUGCCUCCUCUGGGCAAGCAGACCUACCAGAGAGAGAGCCGCCAUAGCUGGGACUCCCCGCCCUUCAACAGCGAUGUGGUGCAGAGACGGCAAUACCGCAUAGGUCUUAACCUCUUCAACAAGAAGCCAGAGAAAGGCAUCCAGUACCUGAUAGAAAGAGGAUUUGUGUCCGAUACUCCGGUUGGGAUUGCCCGCUUCAUCCUCGAGAGGAAGGGCCUCAGCAGGCAGAUGAUUGGGGAGUUCCUGGGGAACCGCCAGAAACAGUUCAACAAGGACGUUUUGGACUGUGUGGUGGAUGAGAUGGACUUCUCAGGAAUGGACCUGGACGAUGCCCUGAGGAAGUUCCAGGCUCAGAUUAAAGUACAAGGAGAAGCCCAAAAGGUUGAGCGGCUCAUCGAGGCGUUCAGCCAGAGGUACUGUGUGUGUAAUCCAACCCUGGUUCGGCAGUUCCAGAACCCAGACACCAUCUUCAUCUUGGCCUUCGCCAUCAUCCUCCUCAACACUGACAUGUACAGUCCCAACGUCAAACCUGAGAGGAAGAUGAAACUAGAGGAUUUCAUCAAGAAUCUGCGAGGUGUAGACAAUGGUCAGGACAUACCCAGAGACCUGUUGGUGGGAAUCUACCAGCGGAUACAGAAGUGGGAGCUCCGGACCAAUGAUGACCACGUGUCCCAAGUUCAGGCAGUGGAGAGAGUCAUUGUGGGAAAGAAGCCUGUGCUGUCACUCCCCCAUCGCAGGCUCGUGUGCUGCUGCCAGCUCUACGAGGUGCCGGACCCCAACAGGCCUCAGAGGACAGGGGUGCACCAGCGAGAGGUCUUCCUCUUUAACGACCUCCUCGUGGUAACUAAAAUCUUUCAAAAGAAGAAAACCUCGGUGACGUAUAGUUUCAGACAAUCUUUCGCUUUGGUUGAGAUGCAAGUGCACAUGUUCCAGAACUCCUACUACCCCCACGGCAUCCGCCUGACCACCGCCGUCCUGGGAGGGGAGAGGAAGGUCCUCAUCGUCUUUAUGGCGCCCAGUCAGCAGGACCGCACCCGCUUUGUCAGCGACCUCAGGGAGAGCAUUGCUGAAGUGCAAGAGAUGGAGAAAUAUAGAGUUGAAUCGGAGCUUGAGAAGCAGAAGGGCGUGAUGCGGCCCAGUUUGCUGACUGGAGGUGUCGUUGGAGGAGGCGUGGGCGUGAAAAGCGAUGUUGUGAAUGGCACCAUGGGACGAACGAGUUUUGAUGACAACUGCUCCGUGGGUGAGGGCCUCAAACGCACCGCUCUCAGCUCAUCUCUCAGGGACUUGUCGGACGCAGGGAAACGUGGUCGCAGGAACAGUGUUGGUUCAUUGGACAGUACCAUGGAAGGCUCCAUCAUUAGCAGCCCACAGCCUCACCAGCGCUACCCGAUGCCAGGCGUGCUACCUGGCUGCUAUGGAACAGAAGAUUUCCGGCCUCACCGCCCCAUCCUGAGCCCCGGAUCGGGGGUGGGGGGUGGGCCGGGGCAGCAACAUACCACUGCUGGGACAGGAGUUGGGGGAGUCUCCAGCAGUGUAGAGAGACCAGGAGCGGGGAGCGGUCCUGGGGGGAGCAGCAACAACAGCGGCAGCUCCUUCCUGGGUUCCCUAUUUGGCAGCAAACGCGCCAAACCACCAGGGCCCCUUAUCCCACCGGGGCCACCCUACCCCGCACCUGUACCCCCACCGACUACUGGAGGGCCCCCUCCUCACUCCCCUUCAUCGCUGUGCCAGCUGGAGGGGGGCCCUUCCAAGAUCCAGGCGCUGCACGCACAGUACUGUCACAUGGCCGCCGUGCAGCCCCCACCACCUUAUUACCAUCACCAUCGCUACCACGUCCAAACUGUCCCCCCUCCUUUGCAAGGUGUGCCCCCUCAUACUAUACAGAGAGGCCCACUACCCUGUCGUCCACCGCUUGGCCCACCACACGCCCCGCACCCGCAGCUGGCCCAUCUCUCCCAGCUUUCCCAGCAUGGGCUUCCGGGUCGCUACGCCAACAUGGUGGUGGGAUGUCCCCCCCCCCUUUCUCCUCUCUCCCAACAUUCCCAGAACCCACAGUUCGCAUUGUACCACGUGCAGCCCACACACUCUGUCAGAGGGGGCGGCGGCCCUGGUGCCAAACCGCCACUAACCCUGUCCCACUCCCAUCCGCACCCCCACGCACACUCCCAAACCCACCCAGGACACGUGCACACACCACACCCAGCCAGCCACUCCACCCAUCAAACACACUUCAUAUUCGGCACCCUGCCCCACAACCUUCCGUCCGCAUCCGUCAAUGCGCAUCACGCAGCGCCCGCCGUCCCGUAUCUGCCCCAGUACCCUCCUCUCUCUUCUAUCCCCCCUCCCCCACCACACUCCCCUUUACCCCCCCCUUCGUCCCCCCUUACCCCUCUUACACCUCUCUCCCCUCACCCCCCCCAGCACCCCGGGCAGCCUCAGCAGGGGCCACAGGUGACGGGGGCUGGAUCGACAGGUACAGGGGGCAGCUCCAAAUCCAAGCCUAUCAACCGGAUAAGUACCGUAGUGUGAGCAGGACGUGGGGCCCUAGGGGUCAAAGGUCAGAUGACAUCAUGGAGGAUCCAGGCCGGGUUAGGGCUCGAACCAAGUCUGCCAGGACUGAAAGUAACAGCAGCAGUUUCAGUGACAAGAGGAAACGCAGUUUGCUUCGCCUCUGUUACUUUCAUCUACGUUUCCCAGUUGUAGGUGGAGAUAAAAAGCACAGCUAGACAUAAACAGCAAACCUGUGCAGACAGAAAUACAAAGAUACAGAUGAAACAACACAUAAACACAUUUGUACAAUCUCGAACAGUCUAUAGCCAUAUAAUCUAAGAUUAAUCUAAUCUGGAUAUACAGUAUUGCCUAAGUUUUAAGUGUAUCAAGUCUGUAUGAGACUAUUUACAUGUACAGUACUAAGAUGUAAUUAUGUGAUGCUGGACAAUUGGAGGCCAUAUUUAUCCAGCUGCUUACAUGUGGAUGUAAAUUAAGGAUAAAUCACUAAAUCCUUUCAAGCCAAGUCUUGCAUUAAAAACAAAAGACACUUGCAAAAAAAUGUCCCUUUGCAAUAAUUUCCUUGGCUUCAUGAAGUCUCUGUUCAUUCUUGCAGCUUCUGCUUCGCUAACUGGCAUAAUUUGCUUUUCUAAAGAAGACCUCAGAUAUGUUGCUUUGUCUUAACUUUUAAAACCAGUGCACGAUUUCCAAACCAUCUUUUGCUUAAAGGUCUUUUACGUGUGAACAGAAGCCGUCUGGCUUUACUGCUCAUUCCUUGGGGGGGGGGGGAAUAAAUGAUACAAUCAAUAAUAUAUUUUGAAUGUUUCUGAAGCUUCUUGCUGUUUUAUUGAUAUUAUAAUAUACCUGCUAUGAGUAUGAUGAAUAUUGUCCAACAAUUGUUUUGAUCAGUGAUUAAGUGUAUCAGCAGAUGUUUGUACAUGGUUAUAGAGCGUAUAUGCACAUAUAAAUUCCCUCAGUUUGACUUACUUACUAGAGGGUGUUCUGAUAUGUGAAGUGUGAUUUAUAUCCAUAGUACCAUAGUUUCCAUUAAGCUCAACUUUUUAUUAAUGAGUAUUAUUGAUUGUUCAAAAUAAUGAAUGAAGCGCAGUUUGGUUCAAAUUCGUUUGAACACCAACAUUGUUCCUCCUUUUCUGUUUGGUUUGCUUUGAGCAUGAAGGCGCACAAGUUCUCAAAUGAGGACAUAACAAAACUUGAACCUAAUGAACAGAAUGGUUUCAUUUGUUAUUUUUAUGAGGCUCCCACUAUUGGAAAAUUUGGAUUUUUGAAGAUAUCACAGUUCUCAUAGUUAUAAACUCAUUGUUUUCUAUGUUUUUAUGAAGCACGCUUUUACAUUAAGUUUUGUGGUUUUGCACACGUGAUGUCUUAAGUCAGAAAUGGCCUUCUUCUUAUCCACUCUCCUGCCAUUUUAGAAAACUCUUACCACAUUUUCUGAUGCCUUGGCAUCCUGCUGAGGGCUUCUUGUUUAAAAACACAACAAGAGUGAAGAAUGUAAAAUAGCCUACAGGUACAUACUGUAUUACACUCGUUUUUUUCUGUGGACAUUGUGCAAGUGUUAUCCCUUUUGCUACUGCAAUUUUUAAGGUUGAAUUUGAGCACUGAUAUGGUUUACCGUCAGUGCCAGAGCUUACUACAAAGGGAUAUAUAUUUUGAUUCAGGUGAGAAUGAAUGAACGAAGACAAAGUAAAGAUAUUUCUGAAAUAUGCUACUGAAAGAGAUGAAGAAAUUUUAAAAAGACAAGGAGCCAUAAUUCAGAUGUGGAGAGUGUUAAGAAUGUCAAAUGAAGAUUUUAUAAGUGUAUGUUGCCUAGCCUUUUCUUUUUGGGUGUGUUUUUUUGACUCCUGCAUGAGUAUAUCUGCACUUAUUAAAUAGAUUGUACUGUAUAAACCUGAAUGUACAUAUUAUACUAUACAUAGGCUUCUUAUCUUAUUAUGGGAUCAAAUACUCCCAGUCUGUAUUCAGGUGCGUGCAUGUGAGUGCUACUAAGUAUGUACAUAUAUAAAAGAGGGAGAGGGACAUGACAUGUUGGCCAAAUAAGACGUUGACUUCUUUUUUUCUUAUUAUUUCAGACUGAAGGUGAGAGAAUGAGUUGCCAUGAUAUAAUGUAAAACUUAAAAAAGUGUAUAUGUCAGCGUAAUUAUUGAUUGAUUAUUUUACCAGAUUAUUUCUUUUUUUGUGUAUGUAUUAUGUGUACUGAAAGAAUAGAGAAUUGAGAUGUAUAUUUAUUGCUUCAGAUAAAUUAAAGUGUCCUUGCAGUGAA